GAGGGAUGAGUGGGUGAGUUCCCAAUUCCAACAGCCACAGGCCAGGAACCAACGCUAAACUUUAUGAAUUUCCAACAGCAUCCGAGUGUCUCUGAUAUGUGGGUGUUGCUGUAUUUUGGAUUCCUGGGUCUGUGUUCUGUGAUCACGGGCAGCUGCAUUAUCUUUCUGCAAUGGAAGAAGACUGUAUGGCGGAAAGCGCGUGCUCAGCAGUGGGUUGAGGUGAUGAGAGCUGCCACGUUCACCUAUAGCGCACUGUUGUACUGGAUCAACAAGCAUCGGCAGUAUGGGAUGAAUGUAGCCAUCAAUACAGGCCCUGUCCCUGCUGUUGCCAAGCCCGAGACUGACGUCCAGAAUCCUGAGCCUUCUUGCAAGUUGGAUAUCCCUGAAGACACGAACUACCCUGUCCAAUACAGCAAUCCCAAGAUGGAGGAUCCUGAUCCUCUGCAACCCACUCUGGUGGCACCACAACAGCCCAUAUCUUCCCUGAUGCUGCAGCCCCAGCCCAGCUCCCCACUCCCAAUCCUCAUCUUUCAAGAGGCACCUUGUGCACUAACACUCUACAGCCUGCCUCCCAUCCUGAGCCACUCUGUCUCCUACCCUUUGGCCAAGCAUCCUGAAAGGAAUAUCCACUUCCAUUCCCUCCCUGCACUGGCCCACAGGGCAAAGAGCUUCAAUGCCAGACUUUUUGCUGCAGAAGUCUAGCCUCCUUUCACUGGUAGCUACAGCUCCUGAGGGCAGAAUAGAAAAUGGAGCUUACUUCAGGGAGGUGGUACUGAUACAGAGAU